UGCAGGGUAGAAGAGCGAGUAAACUGUUUGUAACCAGUAGAGUUGUGAUAACAUUAGUUUUGAAGUUCGGCAUGCAAGGGGGUGACUUCAUGCUGGCUACCAAUAUUCUUCUGUCUGGCAACAACUACAGGAAGAUUGCCCUCCUCUUUCAAUUUAUGAAAAUGGCAGUGGUUGCUGAGGGGACUUUCUUCCGAAUUCAAGAUGCUUAUUGUAUUGAUCCUGUCCAGGAAUUUUGGGAAAAAAUAGGGCAAACAUCAUAGACAGGUUGCGUCAGGAAGAACAUGUCGUUGUCCUAGGUGAUGGCAGAAUGGACUCUCCAGGACACUGUGCACAAUACUGCACUUACACAACUCUUGAGCAAGAGUCAAGAGACAUUGUGCACAUUGUCACCGUAGACAAGCGAGAAACAAAAAGGAAUUCCGUGAUUAUGGAGAAGGAGUGCUUCAUCAGGACCAUGGAUGCACUAAUCAAGGAAAUUCCUGUCAGAGAAGUUGUUACAGAUGCCCACCCACAAAUAUCUGCCUUGCUUAAUCCAGAACGUGGACGCUACAAAGGCAUUCAACACUCACUCGACAUAUGGCAUGCUGCCAAAAAUCUUGGAAAGAAGUUACGACGGGCUGGCACCAUAAAAAAUCAGAAUUCAAUUCUGGUUUGGAUGAAGGACAUCGUGAACCACUUUUGGUAUAGCUGCAAACAAGCAUUGACAGAGGAGCAGUUCAAGAUGAUGUGGCAUGGAGUCUUGCACCAUGUCCGCAACCAACAUUCAUGGGCAACUGGAUGCUGUGAACAUGAGCCUCUGGAUGAAGGAAGCCAAAACAAGCCAUGGAUCCAGCAAGGUUCCGCAGCUCAUCAGGCACUUACAGCAAUUGUGCUUGACAAGCGCUGGUUGAGCCAGGUGAAGAAGUUCAUAAACUUUAGGACCACAUCUGAUUUGGAAAGCUUCCAAAAUCAUAUACUAAUGUAUGCGGCAAAGCGCUUCGCCUACAGCCCACCUGUAUACAAGACGCGAGUUUUGCUUGCCGCCUUAGAUUACAAUAACCACAAUCAUCGCCUGCCAGCCCGUAACAAGGAUGGACACAAAAUAUAUAGAAGAUAUUUCAACAAAAAAUCUCAAAUCUGGAGUGUCUACACCACAAAGGAAAAGAAGCAGUAUAGCUACAUACAAGACCUUCAGAAGGCCAUUCUGGGGAGAAGAAUUCGAAGUGGGAGAGGCCUUCCCCGCAAACAGAUGCUCAGGUCCGAUGACCCAAGGCGCAUGGGUUUGCUUGCUGCUGUACCGCCACCACCCACUGCAGAACUUGUGCAGGACCACAUUGAAAGAGGAGACUGUUGUACUGUAAUCUGGUUCUUGUAAAUAUUUGUAAUAAAUGAUGGAUAAUAUUGAACUUUUCAAAAAAAUUAUUUAUAUGCAAAAACAAAAAAAGUUAAAAUAAAUAAAAGUAAAGUGCACAAAUGCUGAGGUAACAGAGAACCAAACAUACAAUUACCAAAUGUUUAUAAAAUAACAUGCUGUUUAGAAAUACCUAUAUAACUAUUUACAAAUGGAUAAUAAAAAAAAACUAUUCAAGGCGGCGCACCCGGAAUCCAGUGUAUUGGCCU